CGCCAUAAUUUGCCUAGAAGAGCUUCUGUGCACAAUGGAAGAGCUGAUGGAGCCAACUGGAUUUCAUCGUUUGCCCCGGGUGCAAACACUUCAGCCCAGGCUUCCAGAGGAGCAUGACAGCAGCGUUCGCUUCGAUGUAUCAGAUACUUUCUCAAAAUGUCCAGGGUUUGUGCUUGAAAGCAAGGGACUAAUUUCAACAGCUCAAGAUGUCCCAGCAUGUUCUGAUGUGCGAAGCUUGUUCUGCUCAGCUAGGCUGUUCCAUUGCUAGGAAAUCGGAUGCACCUGAACAGCCCGGCAAGAUUCUUAAGGUUGGUGAUGCACCUGCUUCCGAAGUCGAAUCACCUCGGAUACUAUCAGAGACCUUUCAAAACUUGAUGGAACGACUUGCGCAUCAGCAUCUUGCAGAGCUGUCCGUUGCUCGCGGCCUCAGCAGAGGGCCUUCAACUGAUGCAGCCAGUGCACGAGGGUCAGUCACAUCACCAUCACCCUGUGCGGAGUCACUGCAAAGUCCGGGCUCAGCCGUUGAGGAGACGGGCGAUGCCCGCCGGCGCCGCAGAAUCUCCCAGCUGAUGAGCCAGCAGCACAGGAAGGCUCCAAAGAUGUCAGCCUCGAGGAUCAUGAAGACUUUUGAUGAGUCUCAGCUUCCUCAGCUUCCUGUGGAGACAGUUGAUGAGGGGGAGCUCGUGCAACAUCAGCCGUCGACACGUUUGGGACUAUUUCGAGAGUGGCUGCAAUCAUCACAUUAUGAGAUGUGUGUAGCAGCCCUUCUUUCGGUGUAUGUUCUUUGGCUGGGCUUCGAGCUGCAAGUCUAUGGCGCACGCACUGCUGUUGAGAUAGGCCUUUUUCCAGGCGCACUCAUUCCUGAAGCAAACUUCUCUCAUUGGGAUGUGGUGAUUUUUCCUGCAGCGGACAUGUGCUUUACAGCCCUAUUCUCUAUUGAUGUGAUUGUGCGAGUGAUCGUCCUCCGCAAAACAUUUUGGAAGGUCGCCAUGAAUUACAUUGACAUCCUUGUGACUCUCGCCUCUUUCAUCGAAGUGAUCUUUUUUUAUGUCUACACAACGCCAAUGGCCGUGAAUCCAAUGCUCUUCCGCUUGCUGCGGAUUGGCAAGCUGGCCAGAGCUAUCCGGAUGGUGGCCAUGAAUAGCGUGCUUCAGUCGCUUCAAAUCUUGACUCGGUGUUUGGUCUCUAGUACCACCAUGCUUUUCUGGACCUUCCUUCUGCUCACGUUCUUCCAAUGCGUUGCGGGCCUUGUAGCUGCCACUCUUGUUCGAGACGCACUCGAGGAUGAGAACCUCGAUUUGAGUGUCCGAAUAGAUGUAUUCAGGUACUAUGGAACCUUCACCCGCACCUUCCUAUCGAUGUUUGAAAUACUCUUUGCUAAUUGGAGCCCACCAUGCCGCGUGCUGGUGGACAACAUCAGCGAAUGGUUUUCCGUGUUCUUCUUAAUAUACAGGUGCCUCAUUGGGUUUGCUGUGCUGAAUGUGGUGAAUGCCGUUUUUGUGCAGCAGACAAUGAAAAUCGCUACCAGCGAUGAAGAAUUGGCGUUCAAGCAGAAAGAGAGAGAAUUGGCAUCCUAUACCCGCAAGGUGAAAAACCUCUUUGCGACCAUGGACCAGAGUGGCGAUGGUGUCAUCAACUUUGAGGAAUUUUCAAAGCUGGUUCAAUCACCAAUGCUCCAGUUCCUUUUGAGCCAGUUGGAUUUGGAAUACCAUGAUUUGCUCAGCCUCUUUGAGUUUCUAGACAACGGUGAUGGCGAGAUCACCCUCACGGAGUUUUUGGAUGGCGCUGCAAAACUCAGAGGGGGAGCAAAGGCUUUGGACAUUUGGCGCAUGGAAACCAAGAUUGAGGUGUUGUUCGUCGAAGUGCUAUCAGCACUGAGAGGGAACGUUGAUGUGCAAGAGGCCUUUGAAGAACAGGGUUUCCGGCAUGUGACCUUCUCCACAGGCAACAAGCGCUUGACAACGGUGCAGCAGAGCAGCUCCAAAGAGCUUGCGCUCGACUGAAGGACCCAAUGCAAUCAGGACGGCUUUAAGAGCAGUCCGCCCUGGGUCUGGGAAGACCUAAACGAUUUUUUUUCUCGUAUGGCUGGCAUGUGUAAGAUAGGCGACCACUGGACAGACAGCACGCGUGUAUCAAUGAUGUGCAGCUCUCGUUUGUUGUAAAAGCAAUAGCUAGUGCUUAGUGUUGACCACCAGAGCCAGAUGACCCUAAAGCCAGAAGAGGUAACUGGGCUUCUCAUAAGAGACUUUGCAAACACCAUGAUGCCGUCAGCCGUCUUGUUGAAGAGCCAGUUUGGACAAGUCCAGCACUGACAGUCACCAAAGGUC